UCAGAGAUUCACAAUUUUGAACAAAGAAAUUUUCUUAGGAGAGAAAACUUAGAAUUAAGAUUGAUAUAGAGAAAUGAGGAAGUUUGGUGGAUCAUUGUUCGGCGUAAGCCUAUUGCUGACCGUUCUUCUAGCGGCAGCAACCGCGGCAGCGGAGUACUAUAACUACGGAAAUGCCCUUGACAAGACAUUCUUGUUCUUUGAGGCUCAACGAUCAGGGAAGUUGCCAGCUGCUCAGCGUGUCAAAUGGCGUAGCCACUCUGGUCUCAAGGAUGGUCUUGCUCAAGGAGUGAGCUUGGAAGGAGGAUAUUACGAUGCAGGAGACCACGUGAAAUUCGGUUUACCAAUGGCUUUCGCAGUGACAAUGCUAUCGUGGGCCGCGGUUGAUAACCGGAAAGAGCUAUCCAGCUCGAACCAAAUGCAACAGACAUUAUGGUCAAUCAGAUGGGGUACUGAUUACUUCAUCAAGGCUCAUCCUCAGCCCAAUGUUCUAUGGGGUCAAGUUGGAGAUGGAGAAUCAGACCAUUACUGUUGGGAACGACCAGAGGACAUGACCACUUCAAGAACAGCUUACAAGCUUGACCAGUAUCAUCCUGGCUCAGACUUAGCUGGUGAAACCGCUGCUGCUUUAGCCGCUGCUUCCUUGGCUUUCAAGCCAUUUAACUCCUCUUACUCUGCUCUCCUCUUAACUCAUGCCAAAGAGCUCUUCUCAUUUGCUGACAAGUACAGAGGACUAUACACUGAUUCAAUCCCAAAUGCAAAAGCUUUCUACAUGUCAUCUGGUUACUCGGAUGAGCUUCUUUGGGCGGCAGCUUGGCUACACCGCGCCACCGGGGAUCAGUAUUACUUGAAAUAUGCUAUGGACAAUUCCGGUUACAUGGGCGGAACUGGCUGGGGAAUGAAAGAGUUCUCUUGGGAUAACAAAUAUGCCGGUGUUCAAAUCCUUCUCUCCAAGAUCUUGCUAGAAGGGAAAGGCGGUGUGUAUACUUCGACAUUGAAGCAAUAUCAGACGAAAGCCGACUACUUUGCUUGUGCUUGUCUCAAGAAGAAUGGUGGCUACAACAUUCAAACAACUCCUGGUGGUUUAAUGUAUGUUCGAGAGUGGAACAAUCUGCAGUAUGCAUCCGCGGCUGCUUAUCUUCUCGCGGUUUAUUCCGAUUAUCUCUCUGCAGCAAAUGCUAAACUCAACUGUCCUGAUGGUUUGGUGCAACCUCAAGCACUUCUUGACUUUGCUAGAUCUCAGGCUGAUUACAUUCUUGGAAAGAACCGUCAAGGAAUGAGUUAUGUAGUUGGAUAUGGACCGAAAUAUCCAAUCCGUGUUCACCAUAGAGGCGCUUCAAUCCCUUCAAUCUUUGUUCAACGUUCUUUUGUGAGUUGUGUUCAAGGAUUUGAUUCUUGGUAUAGAAGGUCUCAAGCUGAUCCUAAUGUUAUAUAUGGUGCUCUUGUUGGUGGACCGGACGAGAAUGAUAACUAUUCCGAUGACCGCUCAAAUUACGAGCAAUCAGAACCAACUUUGUCUGGAACAGCUCCACUUGUUGGCUUAUUCGCUAAACUCUAUGGAGGAAAUUUAGGAUCUUAUGGAGGAGGAUCGUAUAAACCUUAUGUAACUACAAAACCACCAGUUAUAUCCUACAAAGCAACACCGACAACAUACAGUCCAAAACAAUCAGGUGCACAAAUCGAGUUUCUUCAUUCGAUAACUGCCAACUGGAUAGCCGGGAACACAAGAUACUAUAGGCACAAAGUGAUCAUCAAGAACAAUUCUCAAAAACCCAUAUCAGAUCUCAAGCUUAAGAUUGAAGAUCUCUCAGGACCUAUCUGGGGUUUAAACCCAACGGGACAGAAGUAUACUUACCAGCUUCCUCAAUGGCAAAACACUUUGAGACCGGGACAAGCUUAUGAUUUUGUCUAUGUUCAAGGUGGUCCUCAAGCUAAAGUCUCUGUUUUGAGUUACAACUAGUUAAAGAAUACCCUUUCUGCUUUCCUUUUGUUUAUGCUUCUUAUGAGUGAAAGAUGUGAAAAUAGCCAACCAAGUUGAGACUAAAUAUGAGCAAUGUAA